AUGACAUAUCAUUUCGAAACUGAAAUAACUAAAGCGCUCGAACAGCUACUUAAAACUGAAACGGAUUAUAAUGUUAUUAUUUACGCUGGAAAAAAACAUGAUUCUAAGGAAUAUCACGCUCAUUCUAAUAUCUUACGAUAUAAAAAUAUUGAGAAAAAAGAUGAAAAAUAUGUAAUUUAUAAACCGAACAUUUCUCCUCAAGUUUUUGACGUUAUUCUUAAAUAUCUUUAUGUUGGUUAUGUUGAUAUCACAGACAAAAUUGGAACCGAACUUUUAAAUAUUAUAAUCGCUUCAGAUGAAUUAAAUUUAGAAAAUUUAACUAGGCUUACUAAAGAUUAUAUUGUUGAACAUCGUCAAUUAUUACAAAAUGAUCCGGUUGAAGCUCUUCAAACUGUUUUUUAUUACGAAUCUCUCAUUAAUUUACGAGAUCUUUGUUUGGAAACAAUUUGUCUUGAACCAGAAAAUUUUUUUAAUUCAAAUAAAUUCACUCAACUAUCCGCUCAAUUAUUGGAAAUCAUUUUAAAACGUGAAGAUUUGAAUAUAGAUGAAAUUGAAAUUUGGGAAAAUAUAGUUAAAUGGGGAUUGGCACAAGAACAUAAUUUUAGUAGAGAUGUAUCUCAAUGGAAUCAAGAUGAUAUUAUGACCUUUAAAAGGAUUAUUUGUAGGUUUAUUCCUUUAAUUAGAUUUUAUGAUAUAUCUCCUAAGGAUUAUAUGAUCAAAAUUAAACCUUAUGAAGAAAUUUUAUCAAAGGAAUAUAGAAAUGAUCUUUUGAAUUAUUACAUGAUUCCUGAAUACAAGCCAAAACUUAAUAAUUUAGCAUCAAGAUAUUUAAAAGAUAUUAAUUCCGUGAUAAUUGAUCAAAGACAUGUUAACCUACUUACAAAUUGGAUUGAUAGAAAUGGGGAAAGAAAAUUUAGUCUUUAUAAAUUUAAUCUUUUAUAUAGAGCUAGCAGAGAUGGUAAUACAGCCAAAGAAUUUCAUAAAAAAUGUGAUAAUAGGGGGGCUACUAUAAUUGUAUUAAAAAUUAAAAAUUCUGAAGGAAUAAUUGGAGGAUAUAAUCCACUUGAAUGGGAUUCAACAAAUGGUUCUUUUAAACGCACGAAAGAUAGUUUUUUAUUCUCAUUUACAAAUAAAAAGAACGUCCAAACGGAAAAAGUAGGUUAUAGUAAUGGUAAUAAAUAUUAUAUAGUUUGUUAUCCAUAUUUCGGUCAAAUAUUUGGUUAUAAUAACUUAUAUUUACAUAAUGAUGGUACUUGGACAAGUUAUCCUGAUGAUAAUCCAUGUUCUUAUCCCAAACUUGAUGGUAUACCGAUAGGAACCUUUGAUGUUGGAUGA